CCAAGAAGUUUUUGUUGGUAUUAGAUUUGGUGUGGCGUUUAUUUUGCUAUUUCAGUUUUCAAGGGGUGAUUUAGUAAAUGAGUAAAUGGGUCCAAGUUGAGAAGAAAUAUCUCGUGGCACAUAUGGCAACACAAUUAAGAAUAUUGGAUCCUCUUUUAAUUUUUUUACUCUUUUUUACUUAUUAAAAAAAAAAAAAAAUUACUUCUUCUUCUUCUUUCUUCUUCUUCUACCGAGAUUGAUUCUAUUUCUUCCGGAUCUUACGCAACCACUCUCACCUAAGGGGAAAAUGUUUCUAUGUUGUAGAAGAAGGAAAUGGUUAUAAGUCAUGAAGUUUUAGUAGCAUCAGUUGUUUGUUAGAAAACUUUGAACGGCUCUUUUCAUCUGUUACAUAGCUUCGUUAGCCUGAGGAUUUUGGAAUUGGAUUCAGAUCAUGCCUUACUUUGCUCAGAGGCUUUACAAUACUUGCAAGGCGUCUUUCUCUUCAGACGCACCAAUAUCAGACGAGGCUCUGGAGAAGGUUCGCAAUGUCUUGGAGAAAAUCAAGCCAUCUGAUGUUGGAAUCGAGCAGGAAGCUCAAUUGGCACGGACCAGGUCUGGUCCUCUCAAUGAACGCAAUGGAAGUCAUCAGUCUCCCCCAGCAAUAAAGUAUCUUCAUUUGCAUGAGUGUGACAGUUUCUCUAUAGGAAUUUUCUGUAUGCCACCUUCCUCUAUGAUACCUCUUCAUAACCAUCCGGGCAUGACCGUGCUAAGCAAGCUCGUUUAUGGUUCAAUGCACGUGAAGUCAUAUGAUUGGCUAGAGCCUGAACUGACCGAACCAGAUGAUCCAUCACAAGCAAGACCCGCUAAACUGGUGAAGGAUACUGAGAUGACAGCUCCAAGCCCAGCAACAACAUUAUAUCCGAAAAGUGGUGGCAACAUUCAUUGUUUCAAAGCCAUCACCCAUUGUGCUGUUCUUGACAUCUUAGCUCCACCUUACUCUUCAGAGCAUGAUCGGCAUUGCACCUACUUCCGGAAAUCCAGAAGAGAAGACUUACCAGGUGAAGUAGAAGUGAAUGGAGAAGUGGUCACAGAGGUGACUUGGCUUGAGGAAUUUCAACCGCCUGAUGACUUUGUGAUACGACGAGUUCCGUACAGAGGUCCUGUUAUUAGAACUUGACGAUAAUCUAUCACAUAAUUUGGGCGGCUUGGGAUAUUUAUUUAUUAUUAUUUAUAUUCCUUUCGGAAAUAAUUUGGGGGUCUUUUAUAUUGCAAACGGGAUUGUACAUACUAAUUUGUGAUACACCGUGUGUCUCCGUUUCAUUAUAUUGCAAAAGAUUUCUAAUGGUUUUAGUC